AUGGUUGGGCCACCCUACACAUUUCGCUUCAAGGUCAAGUUCUAUUCGUCUGAGCCCAAUUUGUUGAGAGAAGAACUAACAAGGUACCAGUUCUUCUUGCAGCUGAAGCAAGACAUUCUCUCGGGCAAGCUGGAGGUGCCCUACCAGCAAGCUGUCGAGCUCUUUGCACUCAGCCUUCAAUCUGAACUUGGCGACUAUGAUCCUGACAUUCAUACUCCAGGCUUUGUGUCUGAGUUCCACUUUAACCCCCUCCAGACAGAUGCCAUGGAAGAGGACACUUUGGAAAAAUUUAAGGAGUGCGCGGGAUUGACACCAGCCCAGGCAGAGCAGAGUUACUUGAAUAAAGCCAAGUGGCUGGAGAUGUAUGGGGUUGAUAUGCACACAGUGCUGGGAAAGGAUGGUCAAGGGUACAGACUAGGACUCACUCCCACUGGUAUUUUGGUCUUUGAGGAUGACACCAAGAUUGGACUCUUUUUCUGGCCCAAGAUUACUCGACUAGAUUUCAAGAAGAAGAAACUAACACUAAUGGUGGUGGAGGAUGAUGAUGAGGGACGGGAGCAAGAGCACACUUUUGUCUUUAGAUUGCACAAUGAGAAAGCCUGUAAACACCUAUGGAAGUGUGCAGUUGAGCAUCAUUCCUUUUUCCGUUUGAAAGCUCCCAGUAAAGGGCCCUCGGGGAGACAAAAUUUCUUUAGAAUGGGCUCACGAUUCAGAUACAGUGGACGCACAGAGUUCCAAACAACCCUACAGCAGCGUACCAGGCGCACAGUACAGUUCGAACGUCGACCAAGUCAGCGAUUUGCAAGACGACAAAGUCACGUCGUUAGGGAAAAACAACGUAAAAGUGUAAUAGAAAAAAAGGCAGAAAAUGGAAAAGUAGUUGGUAUUAAUGAAACCACUACUGCAGCUAAUAUUAUUGCUACAACUGUUUCUACUUCAGAUAUGCCUGCUAUUAGUGCAGCAACCACCACAACAAGCAGUGCCAGUAGCACCUCCAGCGUCACCAAACCCACUUUUUCAGCUUCGAGCACUUCAACCAUUCCAUCCUGCACCACCACCCCUCCUCCAUCUCCUCUGGAUGUUCCCUCUUCCCCCAUGCCCUCAAGUGGCAUGUCUCUGACGUGCCCAUCAACUUCAUCUGUAGUUUCUCAAUCAUCGUCUACCACAUCCACAACCUGUGCUGUUGGAGCUGCUAUUGUUGGAGCUUCUGGAACAUCUAAUGAAGAAACAGAAGAUGCCACGUAUGCUGCUGAAGACAGGCUAGACACCUUGAUUAAGAGCUUGGCCAAAGACACAUCAGUACCAAGCUAUUUGGACAGUACAGUCAAUGAGUUGGCCAGGGCUAAGCCUUGUCAGAAAGAGGUCGGGGCAGAUGCCUUGCCACAGCCCACAGGGGCUAUAGAAGCAGAGAUAAUGGUGAACAAGAUGAAAAAUCUAGACUGUUGCAACAGCAGUAGUAUUACUGGAGCAAAAAUUACAUCACUCACCACCAAAGUAAAGGAUAUCAAUGUGGUGGUUAUUCCCAACAAUCAAGCCACUCUUACGAAGAACACUGCUCGCCCAAUUCCUCCCGAUCAAUUCAAAUCAAACAUUCUGAAAGCCAAAGCAGAAGAGGAGUUGAAAAAAGGACCAGUUAGUGCAGAUAUUGACAAAGUUUCCUGUGGAAAACUCAAAGUUGCAAAUGGGGAGGUGGCAGAUAGCUCAGCUUGUAGUGAAGAGCCAGAGGGGGCCAUUGAUGGUGGUUCUCUCCCUCGCAUGAAGAAGACCGGUAACACUGACAUAUGUGGGAACAAUGAAGGUGCUACAUUUGUGUCUGUGGGAGGUGACAAGCUGACCUUGUCCCUUGGUGCCGUUGGUGUUGGAGAGAGUGGAAGCUGCAUCAAUCCACCCCAACAUUUGUUGGAGGCAUGGGAAGGGAGGGAGCAGCCUGGUGAGGACUCAACACCACCUCUCCUCAGCCUAGAUCCACCAAUCACAGUCACCCACUUUACUGUUCCCAGCCAGAGUGCACCCCUAGACCGUCUCACUCUUCCUUCACAAGAUUCCACCGAUACAUCUUCCACCACCACAAACAUCUCUCUCUCUGCCACUAACAGCUUUAACAGUAAUCCUUUCAAUCCAUUUGCAUCUAGCAUUUUCAGCAUGAGCAAUCCUUUCAGUUCUGCAAGUAAUAUAACUAAUAAUCCCUUCAGUGUGUCUACCACAACUGCUGCUGUCAUCUCAAACCCUUUUGUGAAGUCCUCCCCUUCCUCCCUGAGCUCCACAACGUCAACCCUAACCGGCAGCAAGCCGGCCUCCAGUAGUGGGGCUGAGGAAGUGGUUGGUAAUGGUGAGAUCAGCCCUAGCCCUCCUUAUUCCCCCUCUGAUACUCCAGUGGAUGGUGUUCCAUCCCCACCCCACUCACCCCGCUCCUUCACAUCAUCCACGUCCUCUCAGGCCAGCUCCCCCUCUUCAUUCUCACCUGACCAACUGCCUGCACAAGAUGCUGAUAAAGAAACAUUUUCAGGAACCCAGCCUGUGACACGGUCAGUGUCAUCCACUAGCAGCCGCAGCUAUACAGUAAACAAGGGCAGCACCAACUCAGGCCUCAGUCAGAUGUCUCCUUGGUUGGUAGCUGAUCCUCCAGCACCCCUUUCAUCAAACAAGCUGGAGAUCCCCAAGAUGCGCACGGUGAUAACCACGGAGCUGUAAUACCACUCCACAGUCAACUUGCACUUUUUUUUUUUACAAGAUAAAUGUGUAAUUAGGCUUAUUCCUGUCUUAAUGUUUACUUUUUAUAUUACACAGGAAUUGUUGCUUAGAAAUCCCAUAUGAUAAAAGCUGACAUUGUAUUUGAUGGUAUAAGAAUACAUAAUCUAGUUAAAAACCUCUUUCCAUUAAGAGUUAAGCACAGUAUAUUUUUAGAAGGGAUUGCAGCUAUUCCUCAGUAUUGUAAUAGUAAUAUGAUGUGCCUUCUCAGCCUUUCCAUUAUGAUUAAGAUAACUGUAACUAUGUGUAUAUAAUCAUCUCAUAAUUUCCAUGCUGAAUGGUUAAUUGUAAUGAUCUUUCAAAGUUUGCCUGUUCAGUAGUUACGGACAUGACAUAAUUUUCAUGGAUAUUGUAUCAGAACAUGGUUAUAUAAUUUAAGCAAUGUACUGUAUUUAUAUGAAUAUUUGCUGGACUGACAUUAUGAAUGUCUCAGUGUAUCUAAUCAGCUCUCUUGUCAAGUUUUCAAAGGAAAUUUGCUUGAAGUUUUAAUGAUUGACAGUAAUUGGAAAAAUCAUACUAACUUACUUUAUUUUGCUGAAAUAAUAAGCAUCUUAAACAAAACUUUAAACUCUAAGAGGAUUAGGUCAGAAUAUUUAUUGAGUUGCAUUGUUUUGGGCUUGUCAGAUAUAUAAGAAAAAGGAAAUGCCUGUAUGAUAUACAGUGGACCCCCGGUUAACGAUAUUUUUUCACUCCAUAAGUAUGUUCAGGUGCCAGUACUGACCGAAUUUAUUCCCAUAAGGAAUAUUGUGAAGUAGAUUAGUCCAUUUCAGACCCCCAAACAUACACGUACAAACGCACUUACAUAAUUGGUCGCAUUCGGAGGUAAUCGUUAUGCGGGGGUCCACUGUAUUGUAUAAGAUUUAUAUUCUUAGUAGAUCUGAUUGUUAUUGGUAAACAAUAUUACUUCACAAUUUUUGGGGGGCAGUAUUUAAAAAUUCACAGUCAGAAGUGUAAGUCAACAGUAAUUAACCUGUUAAACUGUCCAAACAGAUCUACGUUCACAUGCGUAGUGCUCCAAAAGUAGAUUACGUUUUUUUUUACAUAUUUUUAAAUAUAACAAAAAAUGUAGAUCAAAGUUUUUUUUUCACGUUUUCAAAUGUAAAAUAAGAAAAAGAAGCUCUACGGUGUUUUUACAUACUUUCAAAUGUUGAAAAAAAGUAGAUCUACGUUUGGACAUUUUAAGGGUUAAAUUACUGUAUAAUGGUAUGUGUAGGCUUGUGAUGUCCAGAUGGUUUUAUGACAUACCUGAUUUGGAUUUAAUGAACUUAUGAAAUCUAAAUUGAGAAUGGCUUAAGCAUUACCUGUAACUAAAUAGAUGUAUCAAAUAUUUGGUUUUAAUUUUGAAGAUCAUAAAUUAUUUUGAUUGAUCUUACAAUUAACUAUUCCUCAUUUAAUAGUAACAAUGAAUAUCCUUCACAUACUGUGUAUGAAAUACUGUAUUUGAGUUUGUGUGCAGCAAAAUGCCUCAGAAUUUUAAGAGCUAAAUGCAGUGUUUCCCUGGUCUUGGGUCAGUACCAGUUUGUUGCAGUUCCUGCUCCUGGCCCCCUAUCUGUGUAUAGGGAUUUUGCUUCCUGCACAUGUACAUUUUGUAGUUGUGUUUAGAAGUGAAAAGAUGCAAUUUGUCGUUGAAUAAUGAAGAUGCUCAGUGUGCCAAAUUCUGUGCAAUAUUAUAUAUCAAGCCUUAUUGAUAGGUCUUCAGCAAAACACAUUUGCAGAAUUUCUUCUAACAAGAUUUUAAGUACAGUGUGCUUUUCAUUCUUUUUGCCUUCAUUUCCUUUGGAUCUUUAUCAAGAUCCCCAAAGUAGGAUAGUGUCAAAAUAGGGAAAAAUUUAAACAUGCAAGCAUAACCUUGAUUUUUUUUUUUUUGCUUAUCCUAGGACCUUAUUUAGACUAGUUUAUUUUUUCUAUAAUUUGGUGGUAGGACUUUAAAAAAAAAAAAUAAUGGUAUCAGGAGUGCAGGGGGUGCAGUAUUGUGACCCAGUAUGCAGCACCUGUUGUAACUGACCCAAAACUGUUGGAGCUCAUGCUCUUGGCUGUGGUAUAGACUGGAUCUUUACAUAUAGUAAUAUGGUCUACAUUAUGUGCAGCAGAGCAUAGCCAUGUGUUUAUAAUAAUUUUCUUAUGAAAGGACCAAUUUCAUACCUGAAAUAUAUUUUUAUAGGGUCAUUUUGCUGUAGAUGUCUUAUGAUUCAGGUUAAUUGCAGCUCUAAGUUUUACAGUAAUUACUUUUCUUUGAUAAUGCAAAUGUUCAAUAAUUUUCAUAGUUUCAUCAUUGUACUGCAUUUCAUAAAUUGAAUAAUAUAAGUAGUGUUAAAGCUAUGGCAGCUUGGAUAACUAACCUCAAGAUUGGUAAUGAGAUAAUAUUGCUACCAAGUGUUAUUUGUACAGUGAAGGUGUAAUAUAUGUGUGAUACAU